CCGGCUUCUCGUGGCAUACCGGCAUUUCGGCGGUCGACCGGGAAGUGGUAGUUCUCGCUCCUCUAUUUAUUUAUUUAUUGUAGUUUAUUUUGCAGUUGAAGAAAACAAACAUGCUAUCCUUGUGCCUUUACGUCCCCGUGUCCAACUCCGACCCGGUUGAAGUUGACUACUUCGAGUCGAACGGACUUCCGACCGAACUCAAUUCGCUCUUCAACAAGCUGAGCGUGUUCCUUCCCUCUCAGGAAUUUUCCACCUAUCAAAGAUGGCGAAAAAAAAGUCUAAAGAGGGAACCAAACAUGUCCGACGACCAGCUGGACUUUGAGGAGUUGGUGCACUACCUGCAAGAUUAUGAGAAAGACCUGAAAUUGGUGGUCAAAAGUCUGGACAAGAAGAACGCAGGGCGAAUUGACAGCAAGGAGUUCAUCCAGGCUCUCCAGGACAUUGGUGUGCACAUUUCUCACCAUCUCGCCGAGAAAGCCCUCAAGAGCAUGGGCAAGAACGGUAUCAUAACCAUCAACAGUAAAGAAUGGAGCAAGUACCCUACGGUGGAGGAGGAGAGCAUUCCCGAGAUCAUCCUAUACUGGAAGCACUCCACGAUCUUCGACGUUGGUGAGAACCUGAUGGUCCCCGACGACUUCACCGCCGAGGAGAAGCAGAGUGGCAUGUGGUGGCGCCACCUGGUGGCGGGCGGUGGAGCUGGCGCCGUCUCCCGUACGUGCACGGCGCCUCUGGACCGCGUCAAAGUCAUGAUGCAGGUGUACGGUUCCCGAAGCAACAAUAUGUGUAUCAUGAGCGGCCUAAUGCAGAUGAUCAAAGAAGGUGGCGUGCGCUCGCUCUGGCGAGGCAACGGUGUCAACAUCAUCAAGAUCGCGCCCGAGUCGGCCCUAAAGUUCAUGGCAUACGAGCAGAUUAAACGCGUGAUCGGCGGCGACAAGUUGACACUGAACAUCUCGGAACGCUUCGUGGCCGGGUCGUUGGCGGGAGUCAUUGCGCAAAGCGCCAUCUACCCUAUGGAAGUGCUGAAAACCAGACUGGCUUUGAGAAAGACUGGCCAAUACGCCGGAAUAUCCGACUGUGCCAAGCAGAUUUUCCGCAGAGAAGGAGUGGCAGCCUUCUACAAGGGUUACGUGCCCAACAUGCUAGGCAUUAUCCCCUAUGCCGGCAUUGAUUUGGCAGUGUACGAGACUCUGAAAAACGGCUACCUGCAGCAGUACGGCGCCGGCGGUGACCCCGGCGUACUGGUGCUGUUGGCGUGCGGCACGGUGUCUAGCACCUGUGGCCAGCUCGCUAGCUACCCACUCGCUCUGAUCAGGACACGCAUGCAAGCACAAGCCGCAACGGGCAGUGGCCAGCAGGCGAGCAUGACGGCGCUCUUCCGUCAGAUCCUGCAGGCCGAGGGUCCGACGGGCCUCUACCGGGGCCUGGCACCCAACUUCCUGAAGGUCAUCCCAGCCGUCAGCAUCAGCUACGUCGUGUACGAGCACAUAAAGACGCAGCUGGGCGUCACCUCGCGUUGACCGCCUGCCUCCUUAUCCGCUGAAUCCUACCCACCCGAGGGGGGGGUUCAACUACUCGAUAUCAUUCUGUGAAUGUAAGCUGACCGGAGAAGAGCUCGGCGACUGCUGCUAUUUAUUACGGUUGUGUAAUGCAAGGACCAAAUAUUUGCGCUUAGAAGGCGCUGUUGUGUUCAUGUGAGAGUUUUUGCACAGUUUGCUCUCUACUGCCGCACACAAUUUCCAUCUGCUAUUUAUUGUUUUUAGCGUUUCAUGGAACAUGUUAACAUUUGGUGUUGAGUGUGUGCGCGCGCAUGUAUAUGUUCGAGAGCCGAAUAUUUCUCAUUUGACAAAUGAGUAAAACAGCAGCCUUAAUGACAAGUGAGACACUAAACAGAUGAUGUUUUUUUCUUUUUUUUGCAAAAGACUUGUCCUAAUGUUCCUCAGGUUAAAGAAGUCACACAAGUGUUCAAACUUUUUUUGGAGCAGCAAAGGCUUUGAGAAAAAAACUGAACUCCUUGCACUUUAUUUUAUGCUGGAAAAGCCUCAAUGUUAAGAGACUUGAGGUAUUACAGAUGA